UCACUUCAUCUGCUUGAUCAAGACAUUCAAAUAAGAUGAAAUAUGAAAUCAAAAGCAAGAGAGAAUCAACAUCAUCGUCAUCGUCAUCAUCAUCAUCAUCAUCAAGAACAAGUUCAAUCUCCAGUUUCCAACAUUUCAAGGGACAUGCAAAAGGUUCUUAGGUCCCAGGUUGAAAUAAUACUUUUGGAAGCACAGGUUGGAAUUACCAUGGAGAUUUAGCUGGAGAGCGAAGAAUGCUUUGGGAAGCAAUGUUGAACUCCAGCUUGGUAACAGGUCUCAAGACACUCCAGUACUGGUCCAGAUGGCAGCAGCUAAACUCACCCUGCUUAUGGGAUGAAGCCACGAGCAUUCUGCAAAUAGUGUUCCUUGGAAUCUUGUUACUCCAUUUCAUAUGGAAAGCUGUGGACUUGUUAUGCAAACGCAGAAAAGAGGUAGUGGCUGUGGCAAAACACCCCAGUGACGUAAAAUAUGGGCUGUCUUACAAAGUCAGCAUUGCUUGCUCUGUCCUAGAAAUGGGAACUCAUCUCACAGUGCUGCUACAGCAGCAAAAACAAAGUUGGCCACAGUGCAAAUUUACAGUUCCCAUUCUUUCGCCAGAGAUCAGGCAAAUAAUAAUAUGGGCGAUUACAUUGCUCACACUCUUCCAGAUUCAUAGCAGUAAGCACAUCAAGUUCCCAUGGGUUCUAAGGACCUGGUGGGCAUGCAGCUUCUUGUUCUCAUGUGGUCAUGCAACCCUUGAUGUUUAUUUUACGAUUACGAAUCAUGAUAAAAUCAGAUUAAACACUUUCCUGGACUUUGUUGAUCUUCUUGCAUCCACCUGCCUAUUGGGCAUUUCAGUUCGAGGCAAGGCGGGCACUGUCUUCAACAUUACAAAUGGCAUCACUGAUCCACUUCUGAAUGUAAAAAAAACUGAAAAGCCUUCAGAAAGCAAAAAGAACUGUCUUUAUGGGAAAGCUACUGUAUUCCAACUCAUCUCCUUCUCGUGGCUGAAUCCAUUGUUUGCUAUUGGCAUCAAGAAACCCCUCGAUCAAGAUGAAGUACCCGAUGUUGACACCAAGGACUCUGCUGCAUUCCUAUCCCAUUUCUUGGAUGAAUGCCUAAAGCAUAUCGAGGAGAAGGAUAGAACUAGAAGGCCGUCUAUCUACAAGGCAAUGGUUUUGUUUAUCAGGAAGAAAGCGGCAAUUAAUGCAUCUUUUGCAGUAGUAAGUGCAGGAGCAUCAUACGUUGGUCCAUACCUUAUUGAUGGCUUUGUAAACUUUCUUAAUGAGAAGAAAUCUGAAAACUUCUGGAGUGGCUACCUCAUUGCGCUGGGUUUUCUGGGAGCCAAAAUGGUUGAGACGACGGCCCAGAGACAAUGGAUAUUUGGGGCUCGCCAGCUAGGCCUUCGGCUGAGGGCUGCUCUGACAUCUCACAUAUACCGGAAGGGGCUGCUGUUAUCAAGUCAAUCCCGCCAAAGCCGCACUAGUGGAGAGAUAAUCAACUACAUGAGUGUGGAUGUCCAAAGAAUUUCAGACUUCAUGUGGUACUUGAACACAAUCUGGCAGCUGCCUGUACAAAUUUCCUUAGCCGUACUGGUUUUGCACACGCAUCUAGGACUAGGGUCGGUGGUGGCACUAGGCGCUACAUUGGCAGUGAUGGCUUGCAACAUACCAAUGACAAGGCUUCAGAAAAGAUAUCAGUCUGAGAUCAUGAAAGCAAAGGAUGAGAGGAUGAAAGGCACUUCAGAAGUUCUCAGAAACCUUAGGAUUCUCAAACUUCAAGCAUGGGAUAGUCGAUAUCUUCACAAGCUAGAGAACUUGAGGAGAAUAGAAUAUGAUUGGAUAUGGAAGUCACUAAGGUUGUCAGCGGUUUCAAGCUUUAUCUUUUGGGGAUCGCCGACAUUUAUCUCUGUGGUGACUUUUGGAGCAUGUGCUUUGAUGGGAAUUCCACUUACAGCGGGAAGAGUCCUGUCUGCACUGGCAACAUUUCGUAUGCUCCAAGACCCCAUAUUCAGUUUACCAGAAUUACUAUCCACAAUUGCACAAAGCAAAGUCUCUGCGGAUAGAGUCGCUUCCUACCUCCAAUUAGAAGAUGAAAUCAAGUUGGAAGACAUCGAAUUUGUCACCAAAGAUGAAACAGAAUUUGAAGUUGAGAUCAAGGAUGGAACUUUCAGUUGGGGUAGGGAUGCUGGACCAAGUCGUCCAACUAUUGAUGGAAUACAGCUACAAGUUAAGCGGGGGAUGAAGGUGGCCAUUUGUGGGGCUGUGGGAUCAGGCAAGUCUAGUUUGCUUUCAUGCAUAUUAGGAGAGAUGACAAAACUGUCAGGGACAGUCAAAAUUAGUGGAACUAAGGCUUAUGUUCCGCAGUCCCCUUGGAUACUAUCAGGGACUGUCAGAGACAAUAUUCUCUUCAGGAAUCAUUUUGAUUGUGCCAAGUAUGAGAGAACCGUAAAAGCAUGCGCUUUGAUGAAAGAUUUCGAGCUCUUCCCAGCUGGUGAUGCAACAGAGAUUGGAGAAAGAGGCAUCAAUAUGAGUGGAGGCCAGAAGCAAAGGAUACAGAUUGCUCGUGCAGUGUAUCACGAUGCGGAUAUAUAUCUGCUCGAUGACCCCUUCAGUGCCGUGGAUGCCCAUACGGGAACACAGCUCUUCGAGGACUGCCUGAUGGGGGUUCUUAAAGAUAAGACCGUGCUCUACGUCACGCACCAAGUCGAGUUUCUUCCAGCAGCUGACCUUAUUCUGGUGAUGAAAAAUGGACGAAUUGCACAAAGUGGGACAUUUGAAGAAGUCUUGAAACAGAAACAGAAUAUUGGAUUUGAAGUUCUGGUUGGGGCCCAUAGCCGAGCAUUGGAAUGUGUUCUAAGAGCUGGAAGUUCAAACAGAACAUCUCGGACUGAAGUAGCUGAGGAUAAUUCCAGCAAAGACAUCACACCAAAGCACGGCCCAGGGCACAACUCCUCCUGCAUAGAGAGAAAGAAAGUGGAAGCCAGAUUGGUGCAGGAUGAAGAGAGAGAAAAAGGAAGCAUUGGGAGACAAGUUUAUUGGUCUUACCUAACCACUGUGAAGCGUGGCGCCUUAGUUCCAAUCAUCAUUCUAGCUCAGUCGAUGUUCCAAGGACUACAGAUUGGCAGUAAUUACUGGAUGGCAUGGGCUUGUCCUGCAGGCGGCACAGAACCAAUAGCCGGCAUAAAUUUUGUACUCCUAGUUUACACACUCGUUGCUGUUGGAGGUUCAGCUUGUGUGUUUAUUCGAGCCCUGCUAGUGGCAGUGGCCGGAAUUUUGACAUCACAGAAGCUCUUCACUAACAUGCUUCAUAGUAUCUUCCGUGCUCCUAUGGCUUUCUUCGACUCGACCCCAACUGGGAGAAUAUUAAACCGGGCAUCUACAGAUCAAAGUGUACUCGACUUGGAGAUGCCAAACCGACUAGGUUGGUGUGCUUUCUCUGUAAUUCAGCUUCUGGGGACUAUUGCUGUCAUGUCACAGGUAGCAUGGCAAGUAUUCGUCAUCUUCAUUCCCGUAACAGCAAUCUGCAUUUGGUACCAGCGAUAUUACACCCCAACUGCAAGAGAACUGGCCCGAUUAGCAGGAAUACAACUAGCUCCGAUUCUCCAACACUUCGGAGAAUCAAUCUCAGGAGCGGCAACAAUCCGUGCUUUUGAGCAAAAAGACCGCUUCAUCGACACAAAUCUCAGCCUCAUUGACAGACACUCGAGGUCAUGGUUCCAUAAUGUGUCAACAAUGGAAUGGCUUUCCUUCAGACUGAACCAGUUAUCUAACUUCGUUUUCGCCUUCUCCCUUGUUGUGCUCGUGACUCUUCCAGAAGGAAUGAUCAAUCCAAGUAUUGCAGGGUUGGCAGUAACAUAUGGUAUUAACCUUAAUGUUCUUCAAGCUACGGUUAUAUGGUGCAUAUGCAACGCAGAAAAUAAGAUGAUAUCAGUCGAAAGAAUUCUACAAUACUCGAACAUCACCAGUGAAGCACCCCUGGUGAUUGAAGAUUGCAGACCGCCAAACGACUGGCCACAGAUUGGAACGAUUCGUUUCAUAAACUUGGAAAUUCGUUACGCAGAGCAUCUCCCAUCCGUAUUGAAACACAUUACUUGCACAUUUCCGGGAAAAAAAAAAGUUGGUAUUGUAGGGAGAACUGGGAGUGGGAAAUCUACACUCAUACAGGGCAUUUUUCGAAUCGUUGAACCAAGAGAGGGAAGCGUUAUAAUUGAUGACAUAGAUGUUUCCAAGAUAGGCCUCCAUGAUCUGAGAUCAAGGCUAAGCAUCAUACCACAAGACCCAACAAUGUUUGAGGGUACAGUCAGAGGAAACCUCGACCCGCUAGAGCAAUACUCUGACAAUGACAUAUGGCAGGUUCUCGAUAAAUGUCAGCUAGGCGCUGUGGUGCAUGCAAAUGAAGAGAAGCUAGAUUCCAAAGUGGUUGAAAAUGGAGAAAACUGGAGUGUGGGCCAAAGGCAGUUGAUCUGCCUGGGAAGAGCUUUGCUGAAGAAAAGCAACAUUCUUGUUCUGGAUGAAGCGACAGCAUCGGUUGAUUCAGCGACUGAUGGAGUGAUACAGAAGAUUAUCCGUCAUGAGUUUGGAGAUCGAACAAUUGUCACAAUAGCUCACAGAAUUCACACAGUUAUAGACAGUGACCUUGUGUUGGUCCUUGAUGAAGGAAGAAUAGCAGAGUUUGAUACGCCGACAAAGCUACUAGAAAGAGGGGAAUCCUUCUUCUCAAGAUUGAUAAAGGAGUAUUCCAUGCGAUCACAGAAUUUCAACAGCUUAGCAAAGUUGCAUAACUGAAUCUGAUCAGGAGAAAUUUUUAUUGGUGAAAGGUGAGAGUGUUUCCAUGAUACAUAACUGUUUGAAUUAUCUCCAUCCACCACACAGGAGAUGGAGCAGCCAUUGCCCAUUGGCUGUGUAAUUGUAGAAUAGGAUAUAUCAGCAUAUACCCAAAAUCAUUAUUCAUGCUCAUGCAUCGCCUCUAAAAACGGCUUCAUAAAACACGAAGGAAGAUACCCUUGAGUUCACUAAUCUAGGUGAAAUCUACUAUGUGUGAAUAACAUUUAGGUGACAUUUCAAGUGCAAAACACAUCCUUCUUUC